UUUUCUUUAGCCAGCUUCUGGCGAUUCCAAUUUCCAAUUGAUCUCUCGAUUUCACUUCCACUUUUCUUCUCAAAAUUACACCAAAAUUAACUCAAAAUUCUCUUCAAUUUCUUCAUCAAAUGACCAUAAUGACUCCUGCACCUACCGAUCAAGAAGAUGAGGAGAUGCUUGUUCCGCGUUCAGAUUUGGUAUUUGAAGGACCUCAGCCCAUGGAAGCACAAGCAGAAACCGGCAAUGAUGUGGAAAAGCAGCCACCAGAGGAUCCUCAAACUUCAAGGUUUACUUGGAAGAUAGAUAACUUCUCUAGGUUGAAUGUAAAGAAACUAUACUCUGACCCUUUUGUUGUCGGUGGCUAUAAAUGGCGGAUUUUAAUUUUUCCCAAGGGGAACAAUGUUGAUUACCUGUCCAUGUAUCUGGAUGUUGCUGAUUCGCCUAGUUUACCUUACGGGUGGAGUAGAUAUGCCCAGUUCAGCUUGUCAAUUGUUAACCAAAUUCAUAACAAGUACUCCAUCAGAAAAGAGACGCAACACCAAUUCAAUGCCAGAGAAAGUGAUUGGGGUUUCACAUCCUUUAUGCCACUUGGUGAACUAUAUGAUCCAAACAAAGGUUAUCUUGUUGAUGAUACGUGUGUUGUUGAUGCUGAGGUAGCUGUCCGAAAAAUUGUUGACUAUUGGUCAUAUGACUCAAAAAAAGAAACUGGCUUUGUUGGGCUGAAGAACCAAGGAGCUACCUGUUAUAUGAACUCGCUUCUCCAAACUCUCUACCAUAUUCCUUACUUCAGGAAGGCUGUAUACCACAUGCCUACAACUGAAAAUGAUAUGCCCUCCGCUAGUAUCCCUCUAGCGUUGCAAAGCUUAUUCUAUAAGCUCCAGUACAGUGACAACAGUGUAGCAACAAAGGAGUUGACAAAAUCAUUUGGAUGGGAAACAUAUGAUUCCUUCUUGCAGCAUGAUGUGCAAGAACUCAAUCGUGUUCUCUGUGAAAAGCUUGAAGAAAAAAUGAAGGGAACUGUUGUGGAAGGCACUAUACAGCAGUUAUUUGAAGGGCACCAUAUGAACUAUAUUGAGUGCAUCAAUGUGGACUACAAAUCUACAAGAAAGGAGUCAUUUUAUGAUCUGCAGCUUGAUGUCAAAGGCUGUGCUGAUGUUUAUGCUUCUUUUGAUAAAUAUGUUGAAGUUGAACGUCUUGAGGGUGAUAACAAGUACCACGCAGAACAAUAUGGUUUGCAGGAUGCUAAGAAGGGUGUCUUAUUCAUUGAUUUCCCCCCUGUCCUGCAGCUUCAGUUAAAGCGCUUUGAAUAUGAUUUUUCGCGAGACACUAUGGUAAAGAUAAAUGACAGAUAUGAGUUCCCUCUGCAACUCGAUCUAGAUAGAGAGAAUGGUAAAUACUUGUCACCUGAGGCAGAUGGAAGUGUCAGAAACCUUUACACACUUCACAGUGUAUUAGUCCACAGCGGUGGUGUGCAUGGCGGGCACUAUUAUGCUUUCAUAAGGCCAACUCUUUCAGAUCAAUGGUAUAAAUUUGACGAUGAACGUGUGACUAAAGAAGAUGUGAAAAGAGCUCUAGAAGAGCAGUAUGGAGGAGAAGAAGAGCAGUUGCCACAGACAAAUCCUGGAUUCAAUAAUGCUCCUUUCAAAUUUACAAAGUACUCAAAUGCUUACAUGCUGGUCUAUAUUCGGGAAAGUGACAAGGAGAAAAUAAUGUGUAAUGUGGAUGAGACGGACAUUGCUGAGCACGUCAGGGCAAGGUUAAAGAGAGAACAAGAAGAGAAAGAGCAGAAGAAGAAGGAGAAAGCAGAGGCACACCUUUACACAAUUAUAAGGGUUGCUCGUGAUGAAGACCUCAGACAGCAGAUUGGGAAGGACAUACAUUUUGAUUUAGUGGAUCAUGACAAAGUUAGGAGUUUUCGCAUUCAGAAGCAGACACUUUUUAGCAUUUUUAAGGUGGAGGUUGCCAAAGAAUUUGGUGUACCGGUGCAAUUUCAACGUUUUUGGCUAUGGGCAAAGCGCCAGAAUCAUACAUAUCGUCCAAAUCGUCCAUUAACACAUCUCGAAGAAGCUCAAACUGUUGGGCAGUUGAGGGAAGUGUCGAAUAAGGUUCAAAAUGCAGAGCUAAAAUUGUUCUUGGAAGUGGAGCUUGGACUGGACUUGAGACACAUCCCUCUACCUGACAAGACUAAAGAUGAUAUUAUGCUAUUCUUCAAGAUUUAUGAUCCUGAGAAAGAAGAGCUGAGGUAUGCUGGAAGACUCUUUGUAAAGGGAACGAGUAAUCCAACUGAAAUCUUGAACAAACUAAAUGAAAUGGCUGGCUAUGCCCCUGAUCAAGAGAUUGAACUAUAUGAGGAAAUAAAAUUUGAACCGAUUGUCUUGUGUGAACUCAUCGACAAGAAAUUUUCUUUCCGAACGAGCCAGCUUGAGGAUGGUGAUAUAGUAUGCUAUCAGAAAUCCUUUUCUCCUGAAAGUCGCCAGAAGUUACGGUAUCCAGAUGUUCCUUCUUUCCUGGAAUAUGUUCAAAAUCGCCAGGUUGUUCACUUCCGAUCCUUAGAAAAGUUGAAGGAGGAUGAUUUCUGUUUAGAGCUGUCAAAGAUUAAUACAUAUGAUGAAGUUGUGGAAAGAGUAGCUCAGCGACUUGGCUUGGAUGAUCCAUCUAAAAUAAGGCUCACACCCCAUAAUUGUUACUCUCAGCAACCUAAACCCCAGCCAAUUAAGUACAGAGGAGUAGACACCCUUGGAGAUAUGCUGGUCCACUACAAUCAGACAUCUGAUAUUUUGUACUAUGAAGUACUGGACAUUCCUUUGCCAGAAUUACAAGGUUUAAAAACCUUAAAAGUAGCUUUUCAUCAUGCUACCAAAGAUGAAGUGGUCACUUACACCAUCGGACUACCAAAACAAUCUAUUGUGGGUGAUGUAAUUAAUGAUCUAAAGACAAAGGUUGAGUUGUCAAAUCCAGAUGCAGAAUUAAGAUUGCUAGAGGUCUUCUACCACAAAAUUUAUAAGAUAUUUCCAACAAGUGAGAAGAUAGAGAACAUAAAUGACCAGUACUGGACAUUGCGGGCCGAAGAGAUUCCUGAAGAAGAGAAAAAUCUAGGCCUGAAUGAUCGUUUGAUUCAUGUGUAUCACUUCACUAAAGAGACUGCACAGAACCAAAUGCAAAUUCAGAAUUUUGGGGAACCUUUUCUCUUGGUUAUCUAUGAGGGUGAGACUUUAGCUCAAGUGAAGGUGCGAAUACAGAAGAAAUUGCAGGUCCCAGAUGUAGAAUUUGCUAAGUGGAAAUUUGCAUUCCUCUCACUUGGCCGCCCCGAGUACCUUGAGGACUCAGAUAUCUUGUCCAACCGUUUCCAGCGAAAGGAUGUUUAUGGUGCUUGGGAGCAGUAUCUCGGUUUGGAACAUCCUGACAAUGCCCCUAAAAGGAUUCAUGCAGCAUAUCAGAAUCGCCCGCCGUAUGAGAAGCCUGUUAAAAUUUACAACUAGUAACGCUGCUGAAAAUGAAGAUCGUGGGUUGGUUCAAUGCUAUGAAUGACCAUUGCAUUUGCCGCUGAAGUUAGAAGCCAGUUUGAGUCUGUACAGGGUUUUUCGAUUUUUGUUACUGAAGCAUCUUGUAUUCUGAUAUGGAUGUGAAGUUUGAUCCUAAUGCAGCAUCCAUAUCUUAGUACUUGAACUGAACUGCUGCACAAAUAAUCUAUCGAUAACUCUCUCUCUGUUCAAGUGUAAGUGUAAGUGAGCCAUACGUUGGCGAAGAAUUUUGAACAAAUGAUUGAAUAUAUAAGAUAUUGUGCUUGAUUCAGUUUUGACUUUUAUCUGAGGAGAAAGAGUACUACUCAGCUUUCUGCCAUUUUUGAGGCCUUUGCCUCUGAAUUUGUAACCAGAAGAAAGUUUGGUAAUUUCUUGCUAUUGUAAUUAACCAGUAAUGAAGAGUGACAAGUUGUUUGUCACAAGUACUUGUUAA